AUGGCCAACACAACUACCCUGUUUGCUCUCCUCUGCUUUCUUCUCCUUCUGCUUCUUUCGAAGACUGCCAAUGGCGAUGCCCAUAUUCUCGAAACCAAUACUACCAACAGAAAUGCAACUCGGCCGCGGCCGCCAUGGCCACCGGGGAUUCAUUUCCACACCGUUCAGCUCCCCUCUCUGUUUCCUUCAAACACCUGCCGCCCUUCUCCUUCAAUCAGCAAAGAUGGCUUAGAAAGCAAGGGAGCGAUUCUGCCAGUGCUCCACUUACAUGGGCCGUGCGCCCAGGCCCAACAACAACAACAACAACACAAGCCCACUGCGGACGAGACCCUUCGCCAGGACGAGUCCAGGGUCAAGACGAUCCAGUCCAGAUACAGAAACGCGGUCGCGGGCGCCGACGACGUCAGCGUGAUGAAGGACUCCUCCACCACCAUCCCGGCGAAGGACGGCGCCACCCUCGGCGGCGCGAACUACUUCGUCACCGUCGGCGUCGGCACGCCGGCGCAGCAGCAAUCGCUCAUAUUCGACACCGGAAGCGACCUGACGUGGACGCAGUGCCAGCCGUGCGUACGGUCUUGCUACAAGCAACAGGAGAAGAUCUUCGACCCGUCCUCCUCCGCUUCGUACCGAAACGUUUCUUGCUCCUCCGCCUCCUGCUCUGCCCUCGCUUCCGCCACAAGUAUGUUCCAUUCCAUCAUCGGAAUAUUGAUUAAUCAAGUUCGUAUCAAGCCGGGGUGUUCGUCGUCGACGUGCGUGUACGGGAUCCAGUACGGCGACUCGUCGUACUCCGUCGGAUUCUACGGCACGGAAAAAAUCACGUUGACGACGUCAACCGGCGGCGUAUUCAACAACUUCUUCUUCGGGUGCGGCCAAAACAACCAAGGACUCUUCCGCGGAACCGCCGGAUUGCUGGGAUUAGGACGGGACAAGGUUUCAUUCGUCUCCCAAACGGCCAGAAAGUACAGGAAGCGCUUCUCCUAUUGUCUCCCGUCCACCUCCAGCGACACCGGAUUCCUGACCUUCGGCGGCGGAGCUUCCACCACCAAGUCCGUGAAAUACACUCCACUCUCCGCCAGCUCGGCGGGGACCAGCUUCUACGGCCUCGACAUCACGGCAAUCAGCGUCGGAGGCCAGAAGCUCCCCAUCUCCGCCACCGUCUUCUCCACCGCAGGUGGAGUCAUCGACUCCGGCGCCGUCAUCAGCCGCCUCCCGCCGGCGGCCUACUCGGCCCUCCGGUCGGCCUUCCGGCAGCAGAUGUCGAGCUAUCCGUUGGGGAAGCCGCGGUCGAUCCUCGACACCUGCUACGACUUCAGCAGCUACGACGUUGUGUCCGUGCCCGGGAUCUCGUUCUUCUUCGCCGGCGGCGUCGAGGUGGAGAUCGGGGCAGUCGGGAUCCUGUACGGCUUCUCGAUAUCACAGGUGUGCCUGGCGUUCAAGGGCAACGACGACGCGAGCGAAGUGGCGGUCUUCGGGAAUGUGCAGCAGCGGACGAUGGAGGUGGUGUACGACGGAGCUCGAGGGAGGGUUGGGUUCGCCGGCGGCGGCUGCAACUGA